AUGGCAAGUGGAGCAACGGUGGGAGUAGAGAUUUGUAAGGUAGCUGCAACAACUUUGGUAGGACUGGAAACCCUGGGCAUAAUAGGAGGUGGAUGUGAAGUCAUGCGUUAUGCAUGGCCCAAGAUGAAGGUAACAUUCUCCAUCAGAGAAAAUGGGGAGACUGUUUCAACAGACUUGAAGGACCCACCAGUGGUGCUCUAUGGACCCCACCGUCAAUGGAAAGGGCUACUCGACACUCAUCCGGUAGAUCUUUUGGUGAUCGAGAAAGGCCACUACACUCGACCAAGUGGCAGCCCCAUUCGAGAACCAUGGGAGGACAUGGUGGAUUCCGUGCCUCCGAAACACAGACCAAAGGUUAUCAUUGAAUCCUGGCGCUCGGACCCAACUUUGUGGCAGUGCGGACCAACAAGCAAACCUACAACUACUAGAUGGAGAGAAGCUUGCUACAAUAUCAAUUGCCGUACUAUCAAGGCAACAGCAAUAGGAGGUGCCAUCACCCAAGAACGGCUACUGGUGGUUCGGACAAGAAUUGAUUGUCGGGCUCAAUGGACAUGGGACAGUUCAGAUUGA